AGUAUCGUGAGCGCUGGCCACGGCAGCAUGCGCGGGAAUUUGGUUUGCCGUUCGUUUUUCGAUUAUCCACGCUGUGGCAUUUUACUCGUCACUUGACGACUUGUUCAACGACGAUUUAAACGACUUCUCUUCUUCUUGUCACGUGUGCACUCGUACUUGUAAUCGAAAGAACAAGAUAUCGAAGAAUUGUUACACUUGAUUCAUCUAUCUACGGUUUUGAAAGCAGCGGUCAUUGGAGUAUCGAUAAGAAUCAGAAAAGUCAGGUAAUCGGAUAAGAAGGCAGACUUUUGUUGGAGGAAUUCGUGAAUCAAUAAUUCCACUUCCUGUCACGACAGCCUCUAACAGCACUAGGAUUCACCAGCAGGCAUGAUCGAAUGAUGGAGGUGAUUUCAACACGGCGAUACGAGGCUCGUCCACCGUCAGCGAGCGUUCCACCGAUUCUCAUCGACCCUGAGAAUUCCGUGGCUUUGGUCAAAGAAGAGGAAUGGGAGACUCGAAAGAAAAAAGAAAUAACGACCACCAGGCAGAUCGAGACGAGAGUGAAGCGACAGGUUGUACUCGAGGAUGGCGAGGUCGUGGUCGAUUCAGGGCCUCUGGUUACCACGAAUACUACCGAAGACGUCGAGCAACAGGAGCAUACCACGCAAGAAAGACGAACAACCGGUGAUCAACCACAAGAAGUUGAAUGGCCAACAGGUGGAAGAAACUCUGCCGAUGCCGGUAGCAUUGUCCAGAAGGAAUUAAACGAGACGGUAGUGAGGAGUCGCGAGGAAAUCGAGGAGAGGCUGGAGACAGAAGAUCGUCAACAAUUGGGAGAUAUCUCGGACGAGGCGUACCAGAAGGCUGUAAGAAGUAACCGGGGCGAUCUGAGAGUGGCCCUUGCUGAAUCUUCCAAGCAGUUGGCGUCUCAAACGGGUCCCAGGGUCGUCCAGCACACGACCAAGUCGAACAAGGUGAUCGACACUGAGAAAACCUUGGAAAAGAAGGAGCUUAAGGCCGAUGGAUUGAUCGUUACUGAGAGGAAACGAACGGUUGAGCAUGAGGAGAUUAAAGACCACGAGGUUCCCGAUGAAGGAAGCGACAUAAAUGGUGACGACGCGUCGGAGAAAAAAAAGGAAAGCUCGCAUAGGUUCGUUAAAAAGAGGGACGAGGACGUGGUCGACUAUAUCUCAGGUGGCGAGAGGGUCGCCCGUGAAAUGCGCUACGUCGCAGAGACCACCGAGGGAGAACGAAUCGGAGAUUGGACAUCAUCGCCUACAGCCAUGCGAACUACUCGUUUCCAUAAACAUUCUGGCUUCCCCGGAGAGAGCUUCCCAACACGGAAGGAUGUUUUAACAAAAAAGCCAUUGGAUUUUGAGGAGGAAGAUGAAGCGAGAAAGUUUGAAACGUCUAAAUGGUUGGAGAGCCAUUUUGGUAGCGAGUCGCGUUCUUCUCAUGGAUCCAUCGAUGCUGACGACUCUCCUCUUCCAACUAACGCGAAUACCAGCUACAUUAAUAUUACUAUGAAGUCUUGUGCCCCUAAGGAACGGGAUUAUCAGAAUGUGAACUCUAAUCGACAUCAACGACGCAGUACUGGUCGUAAUUCAGCGUCACCUUCGGGAUAUUUUCACGGCAUAAGCGAGUGGUCUGAGAGAUACCAAGGGAAAGAGAGACAAAGUCAAGCAAGAACAAGUUCUCCGCAAUACGUCGAGGCAGCUCAUACAAACGGAUAUGCUCAGGAUCACUCAAGGAACCAAGGUGAAUCGACGUACUCAAAAACUUAUGAAUCGGUUCUUCGUCGCGAACACCAAGAAUCGUUUGAUCGACCACGUACUCCACCAUCUCCACCUGUUCGACGAAGGUCGAAAGAACAGUGGAUAACGAGGUCCGAAGAAAAGACCAGUUUAAACGACUCGAUACCAGGUCGUACUACCAGCCCAGUUCACGUCGUACAAAGAACUUGGGAAAGUCGCAAUCGAAAUGUCCAAGAGCAGGCAGUGGAGCGAGACAACUGGAAGAAAUCAACGUCGAGAUCUCGAUCAACGUCACCCAUGCCAGAAUUGAAUUCACGCGACAGUAAAAAAUCAACUGAAUUUUCGACUUCGACUCCUGCUCGUCCCGCAAAAAGUUCGGGACAUUCGAAAUAUAAGAUCGGCGAGUCUUUCAGGAAACUAGUAGGGAAAUUGCGCUCUGCUAGCAGCGAAAGGAAGAAUAAACGGUCCAAUAGCAGCUCUAUUUCUCAAUUGACUCAGACUGACGACAGUGGGCCGACCUACAUGCAGUACAAUGUGAUCGACAAAAACAUUCCUCUGAUAAACGAAAGGGAUACCGAGGAAAAGCCUCCUGAAAGACCACCUAGGAACCAUGCUACCGUGAACAAUAAUUCGAAUAAGAUCUCGAAAACAGCGAAAACUAGCGCCCAAGUGGUACAAGAACAAUGGCAACGCAGCGAAUCAACGCCACCAUUGCACAGGUAUUACCUCGGAGAGGAUCCCUUCGGAGGAAGCAUCUACGGCCGCGAAAAAGGAUACCGAGAUGCGAGAAGAUCUGGGAAACCACGUGGUAGAGCUACCGCUGAAACCGAGUACAGCGUCGCAUCCAGUUCACUUGGCAGGUUUAGCAAGUCAACCAGUCGGCUAGUCAACGAUCACGAGCGAGAGGAACAUUUUAGGAGUACUCAAACCUUGCCGAGGAACCUGCAUGCCGGAGGACAAUACGUACGGUCGCAGACUCUAGCAAGACGCCAGCAACCGGUUUCUAAUGCAAUCAAAUUGGGAACGUCACACGUCAUCGUUCCGUCAUCGGGGAACCAGUCGCGUCAGUACGGAAGCAUGAUCAAUAUCUCCAUCAAGAACACGGUUACGUCGCCAAAGGUGGCGGUACCGACCAACGUCCAACCGCCGGCCAAGCCGGAACGAAGCUACAGAUCGUCGUUGUUACGUAGCAAGAGCUUUAACGUCGAAGCUGACAGAAACGGCACUGACACGGCACCCCCCAAAAUACCGUACACAUCUAACUUGCAAUUAAAUAGAUUGGACGAGACACCUCCGUUGAAGAGUCCCGGCAUUUUGGCCAGUAUCAGUCGUAGUAACAGGGAUUUGUUGAAAAGCAGCAGACACGAGUAUUGAAUAAUUUUCAUUAAGUCGAUUUAAGUUGUUCAGUUGGAGACUUUUUAAUAAUUUUAUAAUGAACUGCUUUCUUCGAUAUAAUUGAAGUGGAAUCUAUUAUGCGAUUAUUAAUUAUCAUAUAUGAUUGUUUAAGAUUUUUUGUUUGUAUAGUGUAAAGUGUAGUAUAGUGAUAUUAAUAUUGUCCAUGUAUAUCGUGAGAGAUAGACACGUUUUGUAUGAAUCAACGAGAGCGUGUUUUGUUCUAAUAUUUUCAGACAGGUUCUUAUUACAGCACAGUUCAUGCGAGAUUUAUUUAAUUGUUUUCACUUACGUAUUCAAUUACAAUCCAAGAUUACAUAUCAGGUUGGUAGAGGAGGAGAAUGAGAUAGCGAUAGCGAUUCAUGUUUAAGAAUAUGUGAUUGAAUGUAACGUUAAAUUUCGGGAUAUUUUAUUACUAUGUUAUAUUAAUACAAGGUGAAAUUACAAUUGUCCA